AUGUCUGCAGAGCUCUUGCCAAAGAUCUGGGAGAAGUUUUCUCCAUGGACUAUAGGCGAGCGAAAGAGAGUGGAUCGCCUUACAACAGCUGCCGUAAUUUCCAGAGAGAUCGCCAGGGAAUUCAUAUCGUCACCUGACACCGAAUCGUCUCUCUCUCGAUACGCCGAAACGAUGCGAGAGGUCGCCGAAAAGAUGGACGUUCGGCUAGGACUCCAAUUGAAUGCCGUCGCGGCGGUGAUCGACUUCGAAGAAGACGGGUUCCCGGGUCUGUUUUCGUGCCUCAACGACACGCUCGAAAUCGGAGACGUCAACUGGGGUCGAAUCGUCAUUGUAUACAUGUUCGGUAGGCUAGAUCUCGAGGACUACGAAGAUACCGUAGCCGAGUACGUCGGCGAAUACGUGGCCACGAAAUUGUCCGGUUGGAUCUCCGAACGGGGAGGAUGGGAUGACUUCGUGGAAAUCUUCGGCCGCAGACGUCGAAAGUCGCUCUCCGACCUCACCGUUCCGAUCCUGCUGGCGGUCAUGUUGGCAACUCCGUUCGUUUUGUCAAACUGCAGAUGA